AUCUCUCUCUCUCUUUCUCACUUCUCAGCCGCAACACUCACUCUCUCAACUCCCUCUCCCUCACGCUCGGCGAACAACACGAACGACGAAUGAUGAACGGCCAACGAUCUUGGGUAUUGGGCAAACGGUGGGGGGCUUGGGGGCCGGUCAUGGGCAAACGACACAUACGAUAGGGGCUCGGGGGUCUUGGGUGGUUCGGUCUCGUGGAGGGGUCAUGGGUGGCUCAGUCUCGCAGAGGGGUCGUGGGUGGCGGUGUAGGUAGCGGCGCGACAAUGUGGCUGGGCUUGGCAUCAUGGAUGCAGGCGCAAGUGAGGGACUCGACAUCAUUGGCUCAAUCGACUGUAAGGCAUGGGGCGUCCAUGAGUGUUGGGAUGUUGCUGUCAAAGUUCUCAAGGAACAAGAUUUUCAUGCAAAGCACUUCAAAGAAUUUCUAGAGGAGGUUGCUAUCAUGAAACGUUUGCAACAUCCAAAUAUUGUUAGCUUUAUUGGUGCAAUUACUCAGCCGCCAAACUUCUCCAUAGUUACAGAGUACUUAAAAAAUGGUUGCUUGGAUAAACUUUUAAGGAGGUCGAAUGCUGGAGUUAUACUUGAUGAAAGGCUUCGGCUGAAUAUGGCUUACGAUGUGGUCUACAUUGAGAUGCAUUUCUUUGGCGCAAUACUAGACAACAUUGGUCGUUGAAGUUUUUAGAAUAAAAAAUAUAUUUCACUAACUUUGUAUACAUUUCUUGUUUAAUAUUUGGUGAUGAUAGAAUUUGACUGUAGUAUAAACUAUCUUGUAAUAUGAUUUUGUAAGCCGAGUAGACUAAAUAUUGAAAUUAUA